AUGGAACAAAAUAUCAAACCUCUGUUUUUAAUUAAAAUUUCUGCAUUUAUUCUUUUAACAUGGCUUAUCAAAUCUUCAAAUGAGAUCUAUAACUUUAGUAGAAAUUUAAUUAGAAGAAACUAUAGAUUACUAGCUGAAUAUAAACUAAAUAAGUGUUCAAAUGUUGUUGUAUUAAAAGAAGAUAGACCAAAUUAUAGAGAGUAUAAAAAGAAAUAUAUAUCUAAUAAUAUAAAAGGUGGAAUACGAAGAAGCGAAGAAUCUAAUAAAUCAUUAAAUAAUGAGAGACUCUAUAAACAAGUUACUGGUUGUAAUAAGGAAACAUUAGAUAGAAUAUAUUAUCGUUUUAAAAACAAAUGGGUUAAUAAAAAAGAUUAUGAGAUUUCUCAAAAACAGAAUAGAAGAAUUUGCAAUAUAAACUUAAAAAAAAUUAAAUUUAGAAGUUACGGAUUUGCAUUUGCUAUUUUUUCACUUUUUUUCACGUUUGGAAUAGGAUUCCCUAUAUUACAAGCAUUAGAGCUUCUGGGACCUUUAGAAAAGAAUAUUCUAGGAAUAGUAGGUUAUUUGAUUGAUCCUACUUCAAUAAAAGACUAUAUCUCGCUAAUAUUUUUUGGAGUACUUAUCAUUAUAUUAGCUAUCACAAUUAUGAUAACGAUACCUAAGAUCUUAAUAAAUAAUGAAAAAUAUGAAAAAAUUAAGUUGAUGGAUAUACAAAUGAACAAUAUGUAA